AUGGACGAUUUCCAGGCACCGUGUACAGUAGCUCUCUUCCUCGUACUACUCGCACCUGUUCCGCCGCUCCGUAGAUUUCUUGUUCCCUCUUCCCUUGUAUCCUCUACCAUUGACGUACAACAGAAAGUGCAACUCGGACUUCCACCUCCAACCUUGUCUUGGUAUGGUAAAAUCACCUACCAAUCCCGGAAUUUGAGGUGGUACUGCAUGCUGGAUCCUUUUGACAUCUUGGACAUAAAUUAUGUGCAGAAUGAUCCGGCAUUGAUAAUCUGUCAAACACGCUGCUCUACCGCUCCGACUAGCAUCUCUUCCACCACACGACUCCCAUAA